GACAGCAUUCAAGGCCGAUCUACGAGCAGAUCGAGUGCUCGAGACCUUGCCUCUCGACCUCCAGGCCAAGUUGAAGACGAUCAGGCUGUCGCUGGCUACAGAGUCUGGCGUUGACAUGAUAGUGGAGCACCUAACUCUGCUCUCAUGCGAGCGUCCAGGAGACAGAGAUCGGCAGAUGCAGAACGAAACGUUAUUCGACUACGUUAUCAAAAAGGGAGAAAGCAUCACGGAUUACGUCAUACGACGUGACGGACACAUGUUGCAGGCAGAGACUGCCGGACUUACACUCGCGGACUCGAUCAAGGCUCGAUAUUACGAAGAGGGCGCGAUACU